AUGGUGGCUAAUAUGCACCAGAGGAAGACUGAGAUGGCCCUUCAUUCUGAUUGCUUCAUUGAUUUGCCUGGAGGUUAUGGUACUUUGGAGGAGCUGUUAGAGGUUAUAACCUGGGCUCAACUAGGCAUCCAUGACAAGCCUGUGGGUUUACUGAAUGUUGAUGGCUACUACAACUUCUUCCUAACUUUUAUCGACAAAGCAGUCGAUGAUGGCUUCAUAAAGCCUUCGGAGCGCCACAUCUUUGUUUCUGCACCUAAUCCCAAAGAACUUGUCCAAAAACUUGAGAAAACUGGUGAAACUGUUGGGGAGGUGAGAAUGGUGGCUAAUAUGCACCAGAGGAAGGCUGAGAUGGCCCUUCAUUCUGAUUGCUUCAUUGCUUUGCCUGGAGGUUAUGGUACUUUGGAGGAGUUGUUAGAGGUUAUAACCUUGGCUCGACUAGGCAUCCAUGACAAGCCUGUGGGUUUACUGAAUGUUGAUGGCUACUACAACUUCUUCCUAAAUUUUAUCGACAAAGCAGUCGAUGAUGGCUUCAUAAAGCCUUCGGAGCGCCACAUCUUUGUUUCUGCACCUAAUCCCAAAGAGCUUGUCCAAAAACUUGAGGUUAGUUGA